AUGACCUCCUCAUAUAUUUCCGCCCACGACCCCUACCCGCGUCACCGCGUUAAUUGCGCGGGUGUUGAACUGGCCUUCGUGGAUACUGGCGAUGGUUCAGAGGCAGACCCGGUGGUGUUCCUGCACGGCAACCCCACUUCCUCGUACCUGUGGCGGAACGUCAUACCCCACGUCGAACCACUGGCCCGUUGCCUGGCCCCCGACCUGGUGGGCAUGGGCGAGUCGGGCAGGACUGUCGAUGGGUCGUACCGGUUCGUUGACCACCGCCGCCACCUGGACGCCUGGUUUGAUACCGUCUUGCCCGAGGGUCAAGUUACGCUGGUUUUACACGACUGGGGUUCGGCCCUGGGCUUUGACUGGGCCCAUCGCCACCCUGAUCGCAUUAAGGGACUGGCCUACAUGGAAGCCAUCGUCCGCUCUCUGACCAUGGAUGAAUGGCCAGAACCGGCACGCCGUGUAUUCCAGGGGUUCCGCUCGCCGGCCGGCGAGGAGAUGGUAUUGACCAACAAUGUCUUCAUUGAGCGGGUCCUGCCGGGCAGCACCCUCAACGGCAUCAGCGACGCGGCAAUGGAGAUUUACCGGCGUCCCUACCUGGAACCCGGGGAAUCACGCCGUCCCAUGCUGUCCUGGCCACGGGAUAUUCCUAUUGACGGUGAACCUGCGGACGUUGUGGCCAUCGUUGAUGAGUAUGCUGCCUGGCUGUCCAAGUCCGACAUACCGAAACUUUUCAUCAACGCCGAGCCGGGCGCCAUCCUGGCUGGACCGCAAAGGGAGUAUUGCCGGGCCUGGCCCAACCAGCAGGAGGUAACCGUCCCUGGCAUCCAUUUCAUCCAGGAAGAGUCUCCGGCGGAGUUAGGCCGGGCUAUCGCUGAGUGGUAUUCGGGUCUCUGA